AUGGUCCUAUGGCAUCCACCCGAUACCCCUUGGGUGAAGCUGAAUACAGAUGGUGCCUUCUCUUCGGCGACAUUGGAGGCGGGAGAGGGAGGACUUGUUCGUGGUACUGAUGGAGGUCUUUUGUGGGCCUUCUGCUCUCCAGUGGAUGCAUCGUCAAGCUUUGAGGCGGAGCUUAUGGCUCUUAUUCGAGGCUUGGAGAUGGCCAUGGAGUUUUCUACACACAUCUGGAUAGAGAUUGACUCAGCGGCUCUGGUUAAAUUACUUUCAACUGGACAGCCUGGUUCUGCGGAUUUUAGACAUCAUAUGGCUCUGAUCCGUAGGAUGACUUCUCAGCGGCAGGUUCGAUUCUCACACAUCUACAGAGAAGGAAACCGUGCUGCCGAUUUUCUUGCAGGUAGGGGGAUUUAG